AUGAAGAACAAUUACAACAAAGUUGAGCCAAUCGCAGUAGAUUAUUCUAAAUCGUGUAUGCAAAAUUUCCACAAAUUGGAAUUGGAGCAAAAAUACAACCUCCGACUCAACAUCGUCGGAGUUACGAACCGCCAUGAACCAGAGAAAGUUACGGAAGUUAUGUGUCUGUUCCUUACAGUGACAGACUAUUUAUACAAAGUAGCUGUUCUUUGGAUUAAGCACGACGAAAUUGAAGAAAUUAUCGAAAUCACAAAAGGGCCAAUCUUUAACCAAGGAGAAAUGGAACAUAAACCUCUUCUAAUGAAUACUGUCCGCGAAAGCUUAUUAGUGGUGGGUUUUUAUAACUGCAUGGGACUAUUCACCUGCAUGCUUUGGAGUAUUCGACCGAUAUUAGAACGAUUCAACGGAAAAGUGGAUUUGCCUAUAUGGCUCCCAUAUAAUCCCGAUCAGAAUCCUCACUUCUACGUAACAAUUUUUUACAUGUGGAUUCAAAUAUCGAUGUUCGCCAUCGCUAAUUCAUUGAUUGAUGGUUUAAUAGCUUUCUUUUUAGAGCAAUGCAAAACACAAAUAACUAUUAUCAAAUUGGAUCUACAAAGUCUGGUAGCAAAAUGCGAGCUAGAAAAGAAAAAAUCGUCUGCUCAUUUCUCAGAUAUUCUGGAGACUAAAUUGAAAAAAAUAAUCAUCCACCAUAGAGAAAUAGUGACGAUGGCUGGUAAAGUACAAGAUAUAUUUGGGAACGCAGUUUUCUACCAAUUUGUAAGCAGUGGAUUGAUACUAUGUACUUCCGCUUAUACUAUGACGACCGCUGAUCCAGCAUCAUUAGAAUUUAUUUCAAUGGUAUUUUAUAUAAUGUGCAUGUUGAUACAAUUAUUAUUUUAUUGUUAUUAUGGGAGUAAGCUUACUUAUGAAAGUGAUAAGUUGAUGGAAUUCUCAUAUGCAACGGACUGGCUUUCUUUUUCUGUGAAACAUCGCCGAACCCUCAUAAUAUUUAUGGAAAGAAUCAAGUAUCCCAUAAAACCAACAGUUGGCGCAUUGAUACCGCUGUCUAAUAACACCUUCGUUUCGAUUGUUCGAAGUUCUUACACAUUAUAUACAAUUUUGAAAAAUUCACAAAAUACCAGCGCUAACUAA